AUGGGGGUUGAAUUUGAUCAUGUGAAGGUUAACGUCCCAGUGGUGUUCCGAGGGCCAAACGGAGCAGCUGCUGGAGUCGCAGCACAGCAUUCUCAAUGCUUUGGUGCCUGGUACAGCCAUUGUCCUGGGUUGAAGGUUAUAUCCCCCUAUUCUUCUGAAGAUGCUAAGGGACUCCUCAAGGCUGCCAUCAGGGACCCUGAUCCUGUAAUAUGUCUCGAAAAUGAGAUCCUCUAUGGUGUGGCUUUUGAGAUGUCAUCAGAGGCCCAAUCCAAAGAGUUUCUCAUUCCACUGGGGAAAGCAAAAGUGGAAAGAGAAGGAAGUCAUGUGACCUUGGUGGCCCAUUCAAAAGCAGUGCAAACAUGUUUGGAUGCAGCAGAGGAACUAUCAAAAUCUCACAUUGACUGUGAAGUAAUCAAUUUACGUUCCCUGAGACCACUGGAUUUCUCAACCAUUGCAACCAGUGUAAAAAAAACACACAAUCUAGUCACUGUAGAGCAAGGCUGGCCCCAGUGUGGAAUUGGAGCCGAGAUUGCAGCACGUGCUCAUGAAGAUGAAUGCUUCUACCAUCUGGACCAUCCUGUGGUGAGAGUGACAGGUGCAGAUGUCCCAAUGCCCUAUACAAAAACCUUGGAGCUCAAUGCCAUCCCUCAGGCAGCUGAUGUCAUUGAAUGUGUCAGACAAAUAUUGAAUCGCUAGUAGAUUUUCUUUCAGGAACAGCCCACUUGUGCUCUUAGGUCGCUUCAUUGCUGUCUUCUUUGAUUUACUGUCCUAUUUAUUGCUUGAUGGUAUUGUGAUAAUGACAAACUGAAUACCACGGAGGAGAGAAUCAAUUAUGCAACUGUAUCCAUAGUCC